GCAAUGGGUGACAGAAGCAGACGACCCGCGCAUGGUCAUGUACCGCCACAGAGACCGCAGGAACCAUCCAGAGUUCGAGCGGCAAACACGGCAGAUUGUUGGCCAGGUCUUGACAGACAAGGUUCUACCAGCAUCGUUUCGGAAGAUGCCAUGCCCAGUGAGGGUGCACUACAGCUGGGACUGCCUACGACGCCUACUUGAUGCUCGGGAAGCAGGCCGAGAGGUGAAGGUGGAUUCAAUCCUCUUGAGCAGCGAUGUGGAUGAUGAGCUGAAGCGGCUGGCAGGCCAAUGCUGUGAGCACAUCUUCAUUGCCGAUCGUGCAUUGAUUGAGGCGGAGUUUGCCUUUGAAGGUACCACACAAAGACGCUCAGUGAAUUACGUGGUUGCAUAUCCCAUUCCGCAGCCUCUUGAUUUGGCAAGGCUUCCCGUGCUUGUACUUGAUGGCUUGGGUGCUGCCCAGAACAUCGGUCAAAUUCUCCGCACUGCUUUUCACUUGGGUGUAACGUCAGUUUUGGCAUCGCGCUCAGUUUGGAACAACCUUGGUGGCCGUGCUUGCAGAGUGUCCAUGGGAUGGCUAUACUUUAUGGACCUGUUUUUGGGAGAGCCCAUGAGUGAUGCGCUGAAGCAGUUGCGACAGCGCGGUUGUCGAAUCUACUGUGCUGAAGAUCACUUUGCUGAAGCUGUCAAGCCGCAUGAACCGGGUGACAGGAGCGGCUGGGUCAAAGUAGGAGCAGUGACGUGGAACACACGACUGUCAUCUUCCUUGGACAGAAGUGUUCGAACUAAGCAUUUCGAAGCGGGAAGACGAGCUUUUUGCUUCUGCCUUGUCCGAGGUGGCAAGAUUCCUGCCUAAAUCAAAGUGUUAAUACGUUUCAAAAGUUCGUGCUACUGCAUGCUGCGAAUUUAUCUGCAAAGACGGCACCCUUACCAAAAUGGCAUCAAUGUAGACUCGCUCCGCAAAUUCCAGCUCCAAUGUGCUGCUAACAAGAGCAACAAACUCUGCACACUCCC